AUGUCGUUGCGCGCUGAAUCCAACGCUUGCACCGCUUGCGCAAGGUCAAAGCGGAAGUGCGGUCGCCAGAUCCCGUCUUGCGCUCGAUGCGCGGACAAGGGCAAGUCGUGUAUCUAUCCACCAUCAAAGAAGCAAACGGGCCAUUCACAUCGGCCUUUGUUAUCAAAUGGAUCAGUGCUAAGAGGAAGAGAUGCGUUAUCUCCUGAGGCUGCAACCGAUACGUCGACCGUCGAUGCAAGCCUCUACUCCAUCGACGACUUCCUGUGGGACGUAGAAUUACCACCUAUCGGCAGUUACCUCGGUGCACCGCCUUCUCAAAUCCAGAUUCCCAGCGUACUCAAGACGGAUUGGUUUCUUGCGCCAGAGACGUGGACAAUAUCCCGCAGAUCGAUGAGUUCCGACGAUGUACCGAUCGGCACAGCAGCAAUGAAGAAGUAUGUGACUGUAUUACAGUCUUGGCUCAGGAGCUGGGUAACAACUGGCAGCAACCCCCUUAUUCACUCCUCCUUGUAUAACGUGAACUUCCCGGCGUGCGUUCAAGUCGCGUAUGCUACACUGGCCAGCUACGUGCACCGGACACCUGCGAAUACAGAUAUCGUCCUCCAGAUAGUCGAGGAUCGGUCGAAUGAUCUAUUACGAGAGAACGGAGCUAUUCUGGACCAGACUAGUGCAGAGAAGUGGAUCGAUAUCGGGGGUCUAGACCAUGAUCUAUGGGGGCAAUUGACAAGACUCCAUGCUCUUUUAGUCUACCAGAUCAUCGGUCUCUUCGAUGGCGAUGUUCGCGCCCGUCACGUUGCUGAAGGUCAUAUGGCUAUACAGGAUAGCUGGGCCGGAAAGCUCUUUUCCACCGCUGGAGCUGCAUUGUCAAACGAACAAGAUAGCAGCGCCCAUCUUGUCAACUGUCUUCCUAAGCUCCCUACCUAUCUGCAACAACAGUGGUACUUGUGGAUUCUGUCAGAAAGUAUUCGCCGCACCUGGCUUGUGGCCGCCAGUCUGUCGCCAGUCUUUUCUGCCCUCCAGCAGCGCUGGGCAGCCUGUCCUGGCGGCGUCAUGUACACGAACCGCAGUGGUCUUUGGAACGCUUCGAGUGCUGCGGAGUGGGAAAGACAGUGUUUGGAGAAGAAUGUGGCGUUUUUGCAGCGCUUCGAGUGUGCGAGGCUCUUUCACUAUGCAAGACCAGCUGAUGUUGACAAAUUCGGUGUGGCGAUGCUGGAGAUGACUUUCAGUGAAGAUUUGCUGGAGAACUGGAGAACUAGAAGUGGUGGCUUAUAA